UUAAGAAAUAAAAAAACAAUUAUUGUUUUAAUUAAGAUUUUUUUCUUUGUUAAGCUUACAAUUAAUAUGUAUUCAUAAUUUGUUGAUUGGAUACGUUUCUGAAAAAAUUACUAAUAAGUUCUUAUGUAAUGUUGAAUAUCAACAUAAGAACAUGUUUUUCAUUAGUUCAUGAAAUUAAAAUAAAUAGAAUAUUUGGACUACAAGGUAAAAAAUAUACGGUGCAGCAUUAAGUUGGCAUUACACGCAGGAAGUUUGGACAGAAUGGCGCCUUUUGUAUAAUGUAUAUCCAGAUAUUAUAGAUCGCUAGACUAAAACAUAUUGAGGUUGCGUGUCUUCCAAAAAGUUGUACAAAAAAAGCACAUAUUUGAGUCGCAAAGAAACAAAUUACAUUCUCAAUUAUAUAGAUACAAAAUUUUUCUACAAUUGUAUUCUUUUAACAAUUAUUAUGAUAUACAUUGGACUUUAUUCAAUACGCAUAAGUGGUAUAAGUUUUUAUACAAUUUAUAUUUAGUUGCAAAAAUAAUUAUUGAUCCAAAUACAUGGAUACUGUGACAGUUCAUUAUUGGUCAACUGAAACUAAAAGUUUUGCAAAUAAACAAACGCAUUCAAUUUUACUAGUUGCUGCUUUGAUAUUUUCAAUGAGCACUACGGUUAUGUUGUGUUCAUCGAUAUGGACAGACCAUUGGGAUAGUGUAGAAUGGGAUAUUGAACAAGCAAUUGAAUUGUUAAAAACUCAAAAUCAGUCGAAAACUUGGUUUAAUAAGGUUUACACCGAAUGGAUAGUUAACAAUACUAUAUUAAAAGUUACUAUUACCACUGAAAAAACAACACCAAGAAAUAACGGAGAUGAUUUAUUAGUAUUAGCUAAAUAUAACCACUAUAAAAGCGACUAUGAUUCAAUGAUAAAUGAUUUUGGAGAAACAGUCACAGUCAUAUUAACACCUAUGUAUGGAGGAAUAUGGACACAAUGUAAUGCUCUGACAGAUGGACAAUUUAUACAAUUGCAGGAAGAACUAGUCCACCAACUGGAUUCAAAAUUACCAAAAUGUAUGAAUUAUUUAGCAGAAGAUAAUACUUUAGAAGAACAAGAUUUUCGACCAGACUGGCAUCUCAGAAUGCUAAAAGUAUCAAUAUCUUGUGCAUUAGUUUGUAUAAUUAUUGUCGGAACAGCAUUAUUAAUUGGAUUAUUUUCAAUCCUUCAACAUCAAAUAAGUGCUAUGCUUAUUACAGCAGUUUUAUACAUUUUAGCAUCUACUUUUGGAUUUUUCACACUGGGAAUCAUGUACAAUAAACGUCGCUCAACUAAAAUUUAUGGACACAAAAAUUGUAAUCGAUCUUUAAUAUUAAUUAGUGGUAUGAUAAAAAUAGGAGGAGAUAUGUGCCCUACAUUACGUUUCUGGGAAUAUCUACUCACAUCAAGAAUAUAUUCCCAUAGUUGGAGUAUGAGUUUAGGAUGGAUUGCAGUAUUUUUUUGUAUAAUAACAAGUUUUUUAUGGAUACUACUAUCUAAAAAUAUGAAGAAUGCACCUGCUAACAUGAUUUUUAUCAACUAAAAUAAUAUAUAAAUAUAAGUAAUAAUGAAUAUUAGGGUUCGUCAAUGAUAUAUUUUUGGAUAUUGAUGAUAUCGUACCUAAUUUCAGCGAUAUUAUAUCGCAAUACCUAAAAAAUAAUUAUUCCCGAUAUUGCGAUAAAUCGAUAUUAAAAAUAAUAAUUAUUUUAAUAUAAUUAAAUUAUUUAAUUUACUAUUUAAAUGUUUUCACCUAAAAUUUUUAUUUUCAAUAAUACCAUUAAAUUAAAUCGUAAUUUUUUUUAUGAAAAUCAGACUAUAUUUUUCCAACCAAAUCAGAUAAUGAUAUUAAUAUAAAAAUAUGUCAUAACGAUAA